AUGUUCCGCCAAACCCUCACCAAGGUCCCGGCCCGUGGCCUCGCCACCCCCGUCUCGCGCCGAGCUUUCACGACGACCUUCCGCGUCAUGGCCGCCGGAGACACCGGUGCUCCGCCCGCCAUGGGCGGCCAAGGUGACGCCUUCCAGAAGCGGGAGAAGGCCAACGAGGACUACACCAUCCGUCAGCGCGAGAAGGAAAAGCUGAUCCAGCUCAAGGCGAAGAUCGCCGAGCAGCAGGACCACCUCAAGAAGCUGUCCAGCCACAUCGACGAGUUGACUAAGGAGCAAGGCGGCGAGAAGAACUAG